UCCGGAAACCCAUUCAUCAGCUUCCGGUGUUGAGGAGGACCAGGGAGACGGAGGGAGAAAGAAAAGCGAGCAUACUGUUUUCUUCAUACUCUUCGCCGACCUCCAAACCCAACAAGGCGUGCGCCUUUUGGAAUUCGAAGGCGGCCGACUUAUCUUUCGGGUCGGCCAAUUCACCGCGGAAGUUUGUUUUUGGCGUGCAGUUGAAUUGUCCCCAUUCAUUCCGUUGUCUGUGCUAGCACGCUAGGCUAAGCUAAGCUAUUUUAGAGUCUGCUGCGCCAGGCCUUUUUUUCCCCUCCUGCUGGACUUUGUUACUAGCUCGUUUUGCUAACCCACGUUAUUUUUCCUCCGAUGACUUUCCCCCUCAUCUGGGAAAUAAAACCCACUGCUCUUUUCUGUGCUAAUCAGAAUCUAGUAAAUCUAUAGUGGGUUUCCAGUCGUCGCUAAAUUCCGCGUGCAACCUUUUUUUUUGGGAGGGGGGGCGGUUUUGAGGUGCACUUUUUCAAGCGAAUAACGCAGACCCGCGGAAAGACGCCGAAGCUUGCAGAGAUGUCAGACUUCGACGAAUUUGAACGGCAGCUGUCUGAAAACAAGCAAGCUGAGCGGGACAAGGAGAACCGGCAUCACCGCCGCUCCGGCUCCCGUAGCCGCAGCCGAGACAGGAAGAGGCGAAGCCGAGACGGGGACCGACGUAGCCGGGAUCGCCGUGGUGACAGUAAGGAUCGCAGACACAGACGCAGCUCACCACCGAGCUACCCACAAGACAAUACUGCAAGCCGUUCCCCGCACCGCGAGAAGAAGAAGAUCAAGGUGAAGAAAUACUGGGAUGUGCCACCACCUGGUUUUGAAAACAUCAGCCCCAUGCAGUACAAAGCCAUGCAAGCUGCGGGCCAAAUUCCAGCCACGGCACUCUUGCCCACCAUGACUCCGGACGGCCUGGCCGUCACUCCCACCCCCGUGCCCGUCGUGGGCAGCCAGAUGACCCGACAGGCUCGCAGGCUCUAUGUGGGAAACAUCCCCUUCGGGAUCACUGAGGAGUCGAUGAUGGACUUCUUUAACGCUCAGAUGCGUUUGGGUGGUCUUACUCAGGCCCCGGGAAAUCCCGUGCUUGCUGUGCAGAUUAACCAAGAUAAGAAUUUUGCCUUCCUUGAGUUUCGCUCAGUGGAUGAGACGACACAGGCAAUGGCUUUUGAUGGAAUCAUCUUUCAAGGCCAGAGCCUGAAAAUUCGCCGUCCACACGAUUACCAGCCACUGCCGGGCAUGAGCGAGAACCCCAGUGUCUAUGUGCCUGGUACACAGACAAUUAAUGGUCUUGUUGUCAACACAGGAGUGGUAUCCACAGUGGUGCCCGACUCAGCCCACAAGCUGUUCAUCGGCGGGCUGCCCAACUACCUGAAUGACGACCAGGUGAAGGAGCUGUUGACGUCCUUUGGGCCCCUGAAGGCCUUCAACCUGGUGAAGGACAGCGCAACAGGCCUGUCCAAAGGAUACGCCUUCUGCGAAUACGUCGACGUCAACCUCAAUGACCAGGCGAUCGCCGGGCUCAAUGGCAUGCAGCUGGGAGACAAGAAGCUCCUGGUGCAGCGAGCCAGCGUGGGAUCUAAGAACGCCACUCUGACCAGCAUCAACCAGACCCCCGUCACGCUGCAGGUGCCGGGCCUGAACAGCACCGUGACUCAAAUGGGCGGCCUGCCCACCGAGGUGCUGUGCCUGAUGAACAUGGUUGCGCCCGAGGACCUGGUGGACGAUGAAGAGUACGAGGAGAUCGUGGAAGACGUCCGGGACGAGUGCAGCAAGUACGGCCAAGUCAAGAGCAUCGAGAUCCCGCGGCCCGUCGACGGCCUGGAAGUGCCCGGCACCGGGAAGAUCUUUGUGGAGUUCAUGUCGGUGUUCGACUCCCAGAAAGCCAUGCAAGGCCUGACAGGAAGGAAAUUUGCCAACAGAGUAGUGGUGACCAAGUACUGCGACCCUGAUGCGUAUCACCGCCGGGACUUCUGGUAGAGGAGGCAAGACGGGGGGGGGGGGGGGGGGGGGGGUGAGGCUCGAAUUCCCACUGACUAGAUCAGCCCAAUAGGUGAUAGGUAAAAAAAAAAAUUAAGUGGAGAUCACCGUGUGUGAUACUGAGAUCUUAAAAAAAAUAAAAUAAAGUCACACGGGGGGGUUGUUCUGGUUGUCGGGGUUUUGUCAUUGUUAGAUAAGGGAGGGGGGUGGGAGGGUCUAAAAUUUUUUGAGAAAUGUGUGUUCGAAUAGGUCCAGGGUGGGGUCAGCAGUUUUUAUAUUUUGCGAGCCGGAGAUGUCAUUUUUGGCAGGGGAGGGGGGGGGGGUGGUGUAACAUGUCGACGUUUGUAUUUAAAUGGAAGGAACUUCGAGAAGCAAUUAAGAUGGCUCUAUGGAAAUGAAAAGAGGGUGAAAAUGAUGAGGGCUUUUUUUUUUUUUUUUUUUGUCAGGCCGCCUCGUACUUCAAAUUCUUCUUCACUAGCUGUAACGUCCAAUUGAGUUUCACCGCCAUUAGAAAGACUAGAGGAGACAUUGUUGGGUUUUUUUUUUUGGAUUUGUUUGUUUUUGUCAGACUACUGCCCCUCCCCCCCCCUCAGGACGAUCGCUUGAGCAUGUCGUGUGAACGUCAAAUGUUACUGUUCCGAUACUAUGUGUAGCUUUGCCGGCUCCAACUUUGUAACAUCACAUUGUGCGCAGCCUGUAGAAUAACACCAACUACAGUAAAGGGAAGUUUUCCAUCCAUUUUCCCCCCCCGGGUUGAUCCUCUUCUUUUAACAGCAACACUCAAACCUAUUUAUUGGGAAUUUCGCUGACCAAAAGCCUUACUGGGAUGAUUCCAAGACAAUUGGACAAAGAAUCAAAUCCGGCCGGCCCUUGCGUAAGAAAUUCUUUAAUCACUUACAAAAGGCUUCACUCUCCUGUGCUUUGGCUCGCAUUGCCAUUCAUGUCCCUUUGUCGGCGCAAAGAUCUGAACUGUCACUUGUGUUUGGACCCGGUGAUUAAUUCAUUUUUUGUUUCAUUUGUGUGCAUCGUCUCACCUCUUUGACAAGACCAAAUAAACACAUGAGUUAUACCUA